CCUCCCAAGAGAGAGAGAAAGAAAGCCAGAUCUCUCUAGGAGGAUCGAUCUCACAACACAUGUGUUGCGUUGGUCUGUGAGAAGCGGACAAACCAAAGAAAGAGAAAACACAACCGGAGCUGCUGGUGUGUGACAUAUGGGUGGAUUCAGAGAGUUCGGUGGUGAUGAACAUUAUUCAUCCUCAAACCUAUUCCACUCGGUGACCGCCAUAGUCAUAUGGCUUGGCUCCGUUCACUUGAACGUCGCUAUUGUUCUCUCUUCCCUCAUUUUCCUUCCUCCUUCUCUCUCUCUCCUCGUCUUCGGUCUGCUUUUUCUCUUAAUCUUCAGCCCCAUCGAUGAUCGUAGCAAAUACGGUCGUAUGCUCGCUAGGUACAUAUGUAAGCACGCAUGUAGUUAUUUCCCCGUUACUCUCCAUGUCGAGGAUUACGAAUCUUUCCAGCCUACUCGUGCCUACGUUUUUGGUUAUGAACCACAUUCGGUGUGGCCUAUUGGAGCUGUUGCACUUGCUGAUCUUACUGGUUUCAUGCCUCUUCAUAACAUCAAAGUUCUUGCUAGUUCCGCUGUUUUUUACACACCGUUUCUGAGGCAAAUAUGGACGUGGUUAGGGCUUGCUCCUGCGUCUAGGAAGAAUUUCUCUUCCUAUUUGGAGUCUGGUUAUAGUUGUAUCCUCGUACCUGGUGGUGUGCAGGAGACAUUUCACAUGAAACAUGAUGUUGAGAACGUCUUCCUUUCAUCGAGAAGAGGAUUUGUGCGCAUAGCCAUGGAACAUGGGACACCUCUCGUUCCAGUUUUCUGCUUUGGUCAGUCAAGGGUGUACAAGUGGUGGAAACCGGAUUGGAACCUCUACCUUAAACUAUCAAGAGCGAUCAAGUUCACUCCCAUCUGUUUCUGGGGUGUUUUUGGAUCCCCAAUCCCAUAUCAACACCCUCUGCAUGUGGUAGUUGGGAAACCAAUAGAAGUUAGAAAAACUCUGCAGCCUACUGAUGAAGAGAUUGCCAAGGUACAUGGACAGUUUGUAGAAGCGCUUAAGGAUCUGUUUGAGAGGCACAAGGCCAGAGCAGGCUUCUCUGAUCUGCAGUUGAACAUUCUUUGAAAUCAAGUUGUCAAAAAAUGGUUUUAUAGUUUUAUCCUUACAUCUUUUGUUAAUUUGGCACUGGCUUUGGAUUUACCUUAUGUAUGUAUGUCUUGUCUUAUACGUCUAUGUAUCAACUUUGGAUUAUAAAGACCCAUUGACUCUCAAAUAUUAUUGGUAGAGCA